CCGAAGCAGAAAUCUCAACAUGUCUCACCACCACGUGGCGGCCAUCGCUAGGUUCGGAGUCAGGCUCGGGAGUCAGCUUCGUUCCCCCACUCCCGUGUACGCCUUGUAUUUCAUCUCGAGUUUCAGUUUUGGAGAGUUUAUCAUUUCUACUUGCUCCUUCUGCAACCCUUCCACUUUCCACUCUCUCUCUCUCUCUCUCUCUCUCUCUCUUCUUUCUCUCUCUAAACCACGCACACGCUUGUGUAAGUGUAUAAUCGCAAUUAUGGGAAAAACAAGGGUGAUGCUGCAUUUGUACCCUUGAACAACUGCACCUUCUUGUGUGUGAUUAAAUUAUGAUAUAACAGAACAAAAUGGGGGGAGCUUGUUCCAGAAAGCGGGACCCACUGGCCAACGAGGACACUUCGAACAGAGUAGGACCUUCCGGAAGAUACACUAAAAGCAGUAGCUCGAAAUGGCUCGGAACCUCGUUUUCUAGAGCUUAUAUGGACGCUAUGCAGGGCAAGAGAAAUCGCCCGUCUCUUAUCAAUUUGUGCAUAUACAAAAUUCGCGAAGACAUUAAUAAAUAUAGCACAUUCUCGAUGCUGCCGAGGGAUAUAAGUCAGCAAAUUUUCGACGAUUUGGUCUAUUCCCAUUGCUUAACUGAUUCUGUACUCGAAGCUUUUAGGGAUUGUGCUCUUCAGGAUCUCAAUUUGGGGGAGUAUCCGGGAUUCGACGACAGCUGGAUGGAUAUUGUUUCUUCACAGGGCUCGUCUUUACUUUCUGUAGAUCUUUCGGGUUCCGAAGUUACGGAUUCUGGGCUAAUUUAUCUCAAAGAAUGCAAAAAUAUUCAAUCUUUGAAUUUUAAUUAUUGCGACCUGAUUUCGGACAAAGGGCUGGAACAGAUCAGUGGUCUGUCGAAUCUGAAUACGCUGAGUUUUAAACGAAAUAAUGCAAUCACCGCACAAGGAUUGAGUUUCCUAUCUGGUUUAAUUAGCUUGAUAAAGUUGGAUUUGGAGAGAUGUCCGAAGAUUCAAGGAGGGCUCGUUCAUCUUAAAGGACUUGAGAAGCUCGAGUCGCUGAAUUUGAACUGUUGUAACUGCAUAACUGAUGCUGAUAUGAAAGCUCUCUCAGGGCUUACAAAUUUGAAGUCGUUACAGAUUGCAUCAAGUAAGGUUACCGAUAACGGUGUCACCUUUCUAAGAGGUUUGAGCAAGCUUGCUCUUUUAAAUAUGGAGGGUUGCCCUGUCACUGCUGCAUGUCUCGAGUCACUUUCAGCUCUCGAUGCACUGUUGUACUUGAAUCUGAGCAGAUGUAAUUUGACGGACGAUAAAUGUGAAAAAUUUUCAAAGCUGCUGUCUUUGAAAGUACUGAAUUUGGGAUUCAACGAGAUAUCAAGUGCUAUACUAGUUCACCUUAAAGGUCUCACCAAAUUGGAGAGCUUGAACCUCGAUUCUUGCAAGAUCAACGAUGAAGGGAUGGUUCAUCUUGCAGGUCUAUCUUGUCUGAAAUACUUGGAGUUGUCUGAUACAGAAGUUGGAAGCAGUGGUUUACGUCAUCUAUCUGGUUUAUUGAAUCUUGAAAGUUUGAAUCUUUCGUUCACCAUAGUUACUGACGGUGGAUUGAAGAAGUUGUCUGGAUUAUCAUCUCUAAAAUCCCUCAAUUUGGAUGCUCGUCAAAUUACAGACGCUGGACUUGCUGCUCUUACGAACUUGACUGGAUUGAUGCAUCUUGAUCUCUUCGGAGCACGAAUUACCGAUUCUGGAACCAACUGUUUGCGAUCUUUCAAGAAACUGCUUUCCUUGGAAAUCUGCGGCGGCGGAUUAACCGAUGAAGGUGUAAAGAACAUUAAAGAUCUCACAUCAUUAACACUGCUGAAUCUAUCCCAGAACAACCACUUGACCGACAAGAGUUUGGAAUUAAUUUCCGGACUCACGCAAUUGGUAUCUCUAAACGUGUCGAACUCUCGUGUCACGAAUAAUGGUUUGCAGCAUCUGAAAUCACUCAAGAAUCUGAAAUCGCUCACAUUGGAAUCUUGUAAGUUGAAUGCUGAUGAUAUGAAGAAGUUUCAAUCGACUCAUCUCCCUAAUCUUGUCAGUUUUAGGCCCGAAUAGAUAUUAGUAGGGUGGGGCCCGAGUCGGGGGGUCAAUGCAUGCAUGCAUGUAUAUAUAUAUCGUCUAUCUACCAAAGUGUACAUAUUGGGAACAAGAAAGUUUGCUACUCGUCUUUUAUUUACGUGCCACAUGCGAAGUCUUUCUUUCCUAUCUCUUAUAGGAGAGAAAAUGUAUAUAACGACUUCCUUUGGCGUUGGUUUCGAAUUAAGUUUCUUUUCUUGUGGAGUUUGAGAGAAACAUGGUCGAGUCAAGAACAUAUAUGUAUAUUAAUAAAUGUUGGAUUGGCGGUGAUUGCUGUGUGUAUAAAGUAUAAACGAGUCCUGCGUUGGAUUUUUUAUCGUCUUGUUUAUA